AUGGCGAAGGUCACUGGUAUUUGUUCGGCGGCAUUGUUGCGCGAGUGCAAACACAAGGAUCAACGAACUGCGAACCAUGACUCGGUGGUUUUGAGCUGCCGAGUCGUCGGUCCUUGGCCAUGGCAGGACACAAUGGGACAGUUUGGGCAUCGACAGGCUUUUUCCUGUCUGUCAAUGGGCGCUGCCCGAGGGAGGCAUCGUGCAUCGUCCAGGCCUGAGUGUCGCCGGCCGGUGCCAUUGAACUUGAUGCUGCGUACAGCGCCGAUGAACAAAUGA